AUGAGCUUUGGCGUGGGGUUUGGCGAUGUGGUUCUCCUCUCCAAGUUAGCCUGGAAUGUGUAUUUGGCUUGCAAGGAGUCCAGCGAUGACUUCAGGCGUCUUUCCACCGAAGUCGCAUCCUUGCACGUUGUUCUCAAGGAAACCGAAGUGUAUAUCAAUGAAUUCACUGAUCUCGACCCGUCUCGGAAGAACCGCCUUGAGAUCCUGACAAAUGGCUGCAGUGGCACUCUGGGCGAUAUUGAAAAGCUGCUGAAGAACUACGAAAGCUUAGGCACACAGGCACAGCGAACAUGGGAUCGAAUGCGUUUUGGCUUGGAGGAUCUGGCUGACAUGCGGUCUCGACUCGUUAGCAACGUUACCAUGUUGACCGCAUUCAAUAGCACAUUGGCCAAUUCAUCAACAACACGAAUUGAAAAGCGCCUCAACAAGUUCAUCGCUGAAGUCAAGGCAGGCUUUCGCGAGGGAUCUGUCGUGACCACCCCUGAUGUUACUGAGACAAUAGAAUCGCCCGACGUCUGGAAUCAGCUCCGCCGCGAACUGGAAGAUAUCGGCAUAUCCGCUAGUGUCAUGGAGGAGAACCACGAGUACAUCUCCAACUGGAUGCGAAAUGCUCUUAGGCAAGGGCUGGACGAGCUAAGUCCUGAAAUUCUGGACUCGCGGCGGCCGAGUGACUCUGGAUAUGGGGGCAGUGUCAUCGGACAGAAUGCAGCAGCCAUGAAUGUCGCUAACGAAGAAUUCGAAGCUGAGCUGCGACGCAAACAAUCCGAAAAGCCUCUAGAUGAGAUCUUUCGCCCAGUGACCAACCAGUCUCUCACCCCUAGUGUGAGGAGACGAAACGAUCCUACUCGCCUUAUCAGGAAGCUCUUUCAGAAAGACACGGCCAUUGUACAAGCCGCCAGUGAUGGGGAUCUUGAUAAGGUGGCCGAUCUUGUUAGUAUUGGCUGUAAUGUAAAUGCCAAAGACCGUUGGGGAUGGACUGCUCUCAGCAUGGCGGCCUAUGGCGGGCACUUGGGCAUUGCCCGAUUGCUUUUGGAGCAUGAUGCUGACAUGGACACCGUCGAUGUUGAUGGCGACACUCCUAUGCAACUGGCUGCCACUCGCGGCCACUCUGAUAUAGCCAUCUUGUUUGACCAGGUCCGCGCUGAAAGGGACCUCCGUGCACGGGAGUGUGAUAACGAACAACCGAGGAGGGUUGAGACAUGA